AUGCCAGCCAUCCCAUCGGUUACGUUAAAUAACGGCACCAAAAUCCCUAUUCUAGGUUUAGGGUGUUAUCUUUUAGGACGCAACACCACGUCAGAGAUUGUUUACAACGCUAUAAAGUUGGGGUAUAGACAUUUUGAUACGGCCCAAAUGUAUGGCAACGAACGUGAAGUGGGCCAAGGAAUCAUGAAAUGGAUCAACGAAAACCCCCAAGCCAACAAGAGAUCAGAUAUCUACUAUACCACCAAAUUAUUAGGAGAAAAUCAAGGGUAUGAUAGUGCCAAACGUGCUAUUAGAACAAGUUUCCAAAAGGUGAAUCAGUUGGAAUACAUUGACUUGUUCUUGAUUCAUGAUCCCAUGACCAAUAAAGACAAGAGACUUGGAGCUUGGAAGGCACUUCAAGAGGCCGUUGAAGAAGGUUUGAUUAAGUCAAUUGGGAUUUCAAGUUAUGGCAUUCGUCAUAUGAAAGAACUUUUGGAAUGGGAUGGGUUAACUAUUAAGCCUGUUGUCAAUCAAAUAGAAUUGAAUCCUUGGUUAACAAGAAAGGAAAUUGUGCAAUACUGUAAGGACCAUUCGAUUUACUUGGAAACGUUUUCUCCGCUUACUAAAGGGUUCAAAUUUAAUGAUCAUCAGCUUCAAGCUCUUGCCACAAAGUAUAACAAAUCCCCAGCUCAAAUAUUGAUCAAAUGGAACUUGCAAAACGAUUAUAUCGUUAUUCCUAAAAGUUCCAAUCUUCAAAGACAACUGGACAAUAUGAAUGUCUUUGAUUUCGCCAUCUCAGACGAAGACAUGAAGAUGAUAACUCAUGAUGAAGCCUAUGAGUAUUUCGAUUGGGAUCCCACAGAUUAUAUGGGGUGA